AUGAUUUCCGUUGAUAGACGCGGUGGAGGUGGUGGUCAUGGUGGUGGAGGUGGUGGUCAUGGUGGUGUUGGUGCUCAUGGUGGUGGUUCCCGCGGAGGCGGUAGAGAUCCAGGAGUUGUUGUGAUCCCUGUAUAUGCAGGCGCUGGUGCCCACCGACAGAAUCGAAAUAGGCAUGGUCGGAAUGAUGGCGGCCGCCGUAACACCGCCGCUCUCCCCCAGUUGGCUUGUAUAAAUAUAGUUUUGCGACGUUGUGGUGGUGGUGGAGGCGGCAACGAUGGUGGUUGUGGCGGCAGUGGGCGGUGA